CGACCUCAGUGUGAGAUCGAAACGCAAUUUCUUUUUGAAUCCUGGCGAUAUGUCCACUUCUAUCAUGUUGUUACUGACUGUUUGUACUUAUUUUUUAAUUUUCCAGGGACGUGGAAGCAACCGAUGCCCGCAGGUUUCGGCGUUCUCAAAGCAAUGGCAGCUGAUCCGUAUUCAGGACCGUGGGGAGGGAAGAAUUGUCGAGAUUCGCCAAUCCAGACCAAGCGCGAAUGCUCGUGCAAGGAUGGUCAGUGCAUGGCAACGGAUAAGUACGUAAUAGCAAUCUUCAGUGAGACAUUGCGUCACGACUUCCCCGCCUCCACCGGCCCUGCUGCAGUCCUUGCAGAGUCCAUUCAAGGUGUGGGUGGGACGAUGCAAUUCACAAAAGGAUUCCUGAAGCGCUCGUUCGAAGCUGUAAAAAAGCGCGGCGGACUGGCCAUAAGCGACGAGGUGCAGACGGGUUUCGGACGACUUGGGUCGCAUUUCUGGGGAUUCGAGGCUCAGGAUGCGGAACCAGAUAUCGUUACAAUGGCGAAAGGAAUUGGUAACGGUUUCCCGUUGGGUGCCGUAGUGACCACGGAAGAAAUUGCUGCUUCGUUCGGAAAGGCAUUAUAUUUCAACACGUAUGGCGGAAAUCCUAUGGCUUCUGUAGUAGGGAAAGCUGUUCUCGAGGUGAUCGAAGAGGAGAAACUUCAGCAGAACUGUGCAACUGUCGGGGAUUACUUCCUGAAACAGCUCUCUUCCAUCAACAGCCCUCUCAUCGGUGACUUGCGAGGGAAAGGUCUGAUGAUCGGAGUCGAGCUUGCUGAUGAGAACGGUGGACCACUGGCUGUCAGUCGCGUGGCAAACAUUUUCGAGGGUAUCAAGGAACGAGGAGUAUUGGUUGGCAAGGGAGGCAUCAACGGCAACGUUCUCCGUAUUGCACCUCCAAUGUGUAUAACAAAGAGUGAUGUCGACACAUGCGUCUCAGCCAUAGCGAAUGCGCUCAAGCAAGAACUUCAAUAG